AUGGAGAGGCGGGAGGCUCUAGGGGCUGCUGGCGGCCUCCGCGGGGAAUCCCCGGGAGCGGCACCCAAGGGUGUGCCAGAAGGAGUCAGAACGGAGGAGGCCGACGCCGGGCCGCCGUCCGGGGUGGUCCCGUCUCAGGGUUCUGGGCCCUCCCCGCACUCCGUGGAAAUCGUAACUUGCGCUCCUGGUUCUAGCCGGCCCACCGCGGGGGUAGCUGUCCUCGGUUCGGGGCCCCACCGGCCCCCGGGGGAGGUUGCGAGCCUCAGCGCCGGGUCCGGGACACACCCUGACGGAUUACCUGCCCCCUUCCCUGAAGCCAGUGUGUGCGGGACCUGCAGCCCCGGGUCGGGGGGCUCUGGGGUGUACAGCUGGGAAUGCAGUCCAUCGCGCUCCGGGUCAACCUGCUUGAACCUCCACAAACCUUGUGAGGACUGGCCCCGCAGCAUCCUAAAGACCAGCACCACCAUCCUGAUGCAGAAAUCCCUUAGUGCUGACAAGAAAAAGGCCCAGCGGUGGGAUGAAAUGAACAUCCUGGCCACCUACCACCCCGCUGACAAGGAUUAUGGGUUUAUGAAGGUGGAUGAGCCCAGCACCCCCUACCAAAGGCUGCAGGACAGCGAUGAGGACAUGCCUGGGGUGGUCUCUCACACAGUGACUCCCCAGGAGCUGGCUGAAAGGUUUGCAACAAUGGACAAUUUCUACCCCAAGGUCCUGCGGUACCGUAAUAAGAGAAGUUCAGAGUCUUCAGACAUCUUUUCCAAGACACGUGAGAUGAGGGGUCAGGGCUGAGUGGAAAGGGGAGGCAGAGUGAACCCUCGGCAGGAGCCUGGCAGGAAAGCCCAGCUCUUACCAUGGCCCACAGACUCCAGUGAUUUUGACAAGCACCGAAAAUCGCACUAUGAUGAGGGAAAGUUCCUCAAGGCUCAGAAAAGCCUUCCCUUCAGUAAGAACAAGCCCUGCCAUGGUGCUCGCUCCAGUCUGGGCAGCGGUAGUCGGGUCAUGGAGCCCAGGCCUGUGGAGAGAGGCCGGAUGGGAGGACUGACCGGAGAAGUCCAAGAUGAGAUAUGUCUGGUGACCAGGAACCACGUCCCAGAAGUCAAGGGUUAGCCCUGGGCCUUGAGAGGGAGGUGAUGGGUGGCAAGCCCAGGGAAGACAGAAAGCAGCUGGGGGCGUCUGGGUGACU